AUUCGCUAUGUCGGCUGCGACAGCGCCCAGCUUGCUUCGUAAAUGCCCCAGGUCCUUGCGCCCUCGAUGUCGCCGCUUUCUUGCUACUCAUACUACCGUCAUGGAGAAGGACUGCUCGUCUAUCACUCCUCCGUACUCUUUGCUACUUGAGAAGCUCGACCGAGUACGAGAGUUGCUUGGGAACCGUCCCUUGACUUUGGCCGAGAAGAUACUUUACAGCCAUCUACAUGACCCGGAGCGAAGUCUUGGUGACGGCAAGAAACUGGUCCGCGGAGAGACUUAUCUGCAGCUUAGUCCUGAGAGAGUGGCCAUGCAAGAUGCUUCCGCUCAGAUGGCAUUAUUGCAAUUCAUGAGCGCUGGUCUUCCUAGAUGCGCUGUCCCUACCAGCAUACAUUGUGACCAUUUGAUACAGGCUAAUGUCGGGGCCGAGCCCGAUCUGCGGCAUUCAAUAGAAUCCAACAAAGAAGUGUUCGAUUUCCUGGAGAGUGCAUCUCGAAAGUAUGGUAUUGAAUUUUGGAGACCCGGGUCCGGUAUCAUCCAUCAGAUCGUCCUUGAGAACUAUGCUGCUCCCGGCCUACUCAUGCUGGGAACUGACUCGCAUACACCCAAUGCCGGUGGACUUGGGUUACUUGCUAUCGGUGUGGGUGGAGCCGACGCCGUGGAUGCCAUGACAGGCACGCCAUGGGAAUUGAAAGCACCGCAGAUCGUUGGUAUACAUCUGACUGGGCAACUCAACGGAUGGGCAACGCCCAAGGACCUUAUCCUGCACCUAGCUGGAAAGUUGACAGUCAAAGGAGGAACUGGACGCAUCUUGGAGUACUUCGGACCGGGUGUAUUCAAUCAAUCUUGCACCGGCUUGGCAACUGUCUCAAACAUGGGAGCGGAAGUCGGCGCUACAACGUCUACUUUCCCCUAUACCCCGAACAUGCGGGCGUACUUGCACGCGACCGGCCGUGCACCCGUAGCCCAUGCUGCGGAUGAGGCGGCUGCGAAAGGCUUCCUGAGAGCCGAUGAAGGUGCUGAAUACGACGAGGUCAUCGAAAUAAAUCUCUCGGAAUUGGAACCUACUGUCAAUGGACCGUUCACUCCCGACCUGGCUACACCUCUCUCACGCUUCGGAUCAUUCGUCAAGGAACAAGGGUGGAAAGACGAACUCUCGGCUGCUCUGAUUGGCUCAUGCACUAACAGUUCAUACGAGGACAUGACCAGUGUCGCAGAUCUUGCACGGCAGGCUAAGUCCGCUGGAUUGAAGACGAAGGUUCCGUUCCUAUGUACUCCCGGGUCCGAGCAGAUACGAGCAACCAUGGAGCGUGAUCAAGUGACUGAUGUGUUGCAAGACGUUGGCGCAACCGUUCUGGCCAAUGCUUGCGGCCCCUGCAUCGGACAGUGGAAGCGGGAAGACAAGAAGGGCGAGGAAAACGCUAUCUUGACUUCAUUCAACAGAAACUUCAAGUCUCGCAACGACGGUAACCGGCUCACAAUGAAUUUCCUGGCGUCCCCGACGGUCGUCACCGCGAUGUCUUUCUCUGGAAAGCUCUCCUUCAAUCCCAUGACCGACUCGAUUCCGCUUCCUUCUGGAGGAGAAUUCAGGUUUUCCCCACCUUCCGGACAAGACCUCCCUUCGGCAGGUUUCGCUCCAGGCGACACAUCGUUCUAUCCCAAGCCAAUGCCGGAGCCAGUCCCGGAAACAGAGGUCAUCAUCCGGCCAGAUUCGCAGCGAUUGGAAUAUUUGCAGCCGUUCCCGAGCCAUUUUGGUGAAGGGAACCCCAGGGGAUUGGAGUUGCCCAGUCUGAAGGUUCUUAUGAGGGUUAGGGGCAAAUGUACUACCGACCAUAUAUCGGCUGCGGGUCCGUGGUUGAAGUACAAAGGCCAUUUAACGAACAUCUCUGAGAAUUUAUUGAUCACUGCGGUAAAUGACGAAGGCGGCGAGGUCAAUAUUGCCUUUGACCAUGACCACGAUCCAUCUCAGAGCGAGAUCGACACAAUACCCGGUGUGGCAAAACGUUUCAAGGCUCGCAAGCAACCGUGGGCUCUCGUCGUUGAUGAGAAUUACGGCGAAGGUAGCGCUCGAGAACACGCUGCUCUCCAACCCAGGUUUUAUGGCUGUGCCGCCAUCAUCGCAAGGUCAUUCGCUCGUAUCCACGAGACCAACUUGAAAAAACAAGGCGUCCUUCCUCUGUGGUUUGUCAACAAGGCUGACUACUCAAAAAUCGGUGCCGGUGACGUUGUAGAGACUCUCGAUUUAGCCGAUUUAUUCCAGGGUGUUCAGAGAGAGACAGUCACUAUCAAGGUGACGAAGCGUAAUGGGGAGACUUACAUGAUUCCUACCAGACACACUAUGUCUGCUGACCAGCUCAGAUGGCUACGAGCCGGCUCUGCUCUCAACUACAUCCGGUCUCAAAUCAAAAGUAAUUAGGAUAGAGCUUAGAAGUAUCUAAUAUGCGAUCUACUGUAGCGGUAUUAUAUACUUUUCAUGAAUUGAGCAUCAACAAGACGGACAUCGUGAUUCAUCCUGGUUUCAUGUCAUUUGCUAAAGCCCUUCCCAAGGUGGCCAAGUCGGCUGAAGUCAUAGCAUUCUUUCCACUCUUCAGACAUGCUAAAGCCUCUUUAGCAACCGCAAAGGCGAAAUCCGGCAUUCCAGCUAACUUCGCAACCUUGAGGCCAUGACUAUCACGGUUGAUACCUGGCCUCAAGCGAUGCGAGUAUGCGAAGUGUCCAUCCUCUGUCUCGUCCACGUCCGUGCAAAAGAAUGCAACAUCAUAGAAAACGUCAUGCCCUCCAUGACCAUCGUGAUAACCGAGCAUAUCGGCUAAUUCAUGGAAAUGGGUGGCGAAUAAAGCUCUGCAUCGGUUCUGUGAAUACAAAUGAC